AUGGAUGCACUUCAGAAGGAGCUGAGCAACCUGAACAAGGUGGCUCGGCUCUCGUCCGCCGUGGAAGAUGUCGACAACAUCAUCGGGCUGCUCAGCACCGCGCGAGAUCAAGUUGCUAGGGCAUUGGAUCCCCACACAGCGAGCUUGACGAUGGCGAAGCUUCAGAAUCCGAUCAAGGAGGGCUUCGAAGCGGUGAACCAGGACCUAAGGGACGUGUCCAAGUCACACAGAAACUUGGGGAAAGCUUUAGACAAGUCGUUACCUCUUAAACCGAUUCCAACCAGUCCAUUCAGUAGCGAUGCCAUGGCCGGACAUCAAGCCCUCAUCAACCGCGCGAUCGCCAUGCACCUCCUCCGCGAGGGCCAGUUUUCCGUCGCCUCGACUUUCAUCUCCGAGGCCCAAGACAACCCGGCUGGCCAAACAUCUACUACCCCGACCUCGUCGUUACACCCCACGGAUACUACUCACUUUGUGGACGUGGACGAACAUAUGGGCGAUCUGGACGAGGUGACGCCGCAGCCCCCCCAAGGCCUCUCCUCCCUCCAGUCCCAAGAAUUACAGACCAAGUUUUCCGAGAUGUAUCGGAUAUUGCAGGAUCUCAAGACGAGGAAUCUUGUGCCCGCAAUCGGCUGGGCUCGGUCCAACAGUGUUGAGCUAGAAGACCGGGGGAGCAAUCUGGAGUUCGAGCUGAGCAAGCUACAGUACAUUUGGCUAUUCAAAGGACCUGCCGUAAACAGCCUGCCCGACGACGAGUGGAAUGGGCGGUCGGGCGCCCUGCGUUAUGCACGGGAGCACUUUGGGCGGUUUCAAGACCGGCACCUCAAGGAGAUCCAGAAGCUAGUCAACGCCAUGGUCUUCGCCCCGAAUCUCGGCGGUUCGCCGUAUAACAACAUCUUCGCGACGGACUCUGCCUUCACCGACGUUGCCUGCUCCUUCACCCGCGAGUUCUGCAGCCUCCUGGGCCUCUCAGCCGAGUCGCCAUUGUAUAUCGCCGCCACGGCCGGCGCGCUGGCCCUGCCUCAGCUGAUGAAGUACACCUCUGCGGCCCGCGCUAAGGGCACCGAGUGGACGACGGCCAACGAGCUGGCCUUCGAGACGCCGCUGCCCAGGCGCAUGCUCUACCAUAGCAUCUUCGUGUGCCCCGUGUCCAAAGAGCAAACCACCGAGGAUAACCCGCCCAUGAUGAUACCGUGCGGCCACGUCCUCGCCCGGGACACGCUGGAGAAGCUCUGCAAGGGCAGCCGCUUCAAGUGCCCAUACUGCCCCAACGAGGGCCACCUCAAGGACGCCCAGCAGAUCAUCUUGUAG